AUGAAUUCGACAAUAAUUAACUAUGAAGUACUGAAGGAAAAUUUGAUAAAUUCAGUGAUCACUUUAAAAUUAUUCCAAAAAAAGAAAACACAGCAGAUUAAGAAUUUGAAACAGGAAAUAGGGGAAUGCAUGUUAGAAAGCAGACAAGAAAGAGCCAAAAUCAGAAUGAAAUACGUAAUCAGUGCAACCGAACUAAAUGAAAGCAUUGCUGAUGCUGUAUCUAGUUUGAUUUGGGUAGCUCCAAGGUUCAAGUCUGAUAUAACUGAACUUUCUAUAGUUUCUGACCUUCUGGGACUGAAAUAUGGAAAAAGUUUUGUUGAAGAUUGUAGGAGUGGAAUUGCCAAAGGUAUAAGUGAAAAACUGAGGAGCAAGCUAUCGAUUCAGAGCCAACCUGAGACUUUGUUAGAGAAAUAUAUGUCAGAUAUAGGGAAGAUUUAUAAUAUUCAGUGUGAGCCAGAUUCACAGGCAAUUGACAAAGGAGUGUGGGACCUCGAUGACGAUGAUAUUGACGAUGAACAACUACUGCAUAAUAAAAUGUUGAAUUUUGAAGUACCAAAUAGUGUCCUGGCUAUUCCCAACUAUAUGAAAGAUCUAAUUUCGAAGUGUUUGUCGUACAUACCCGAGGAAAGACCAGAAGUUCAUGAACUUUUGUACUUUUUAACGAUUCAAUGA